UGUUUACGUUUACAUGUACAUAACCUAAAAAAUUCUCUGAUUUUUGUCGGAUAUCAGGAAGUAAAUUGCGGUGGUUCGGCACUUCCGAAAUGUUUCUCACCGAGAAAAUGUGCCUGACGUGCCUGCAAAUCGAUCCCAAAGAAUUGGUGAGUCUGACUGCUCUGGAUUCAGAUAAAAUCAGUUACAGAGAGAAACUCAAAUUGUGUUACCCCGAGGAGCUGCAUCAAUGCGAGCUUCAGAGGAUUUGCCACUCGUGCAUCCAGCAGCUGUGCACAGCAUACAGAUUUAUUGAAAUGGUGAGGCUGUCACAGACCUCUUUGCAGACUCUGAUUGAGGAAAAGAAGGAAGCAGAGAGUGUGAUGGAUGACGAAGAAGAGGAGGAGGAGGUUGAGGUUCAUGAAGUGGAAGGAAAGGAGGAAGAGAUGAAAGAGAAUGAUGGAGAGAAGGACGAGGAAGGGUUAGAAUUGCGUUGCGAUUAUUGCGAGACGUUGUUCGAGAAGAGGUGGCAAUUGAAGAGGCAUUUGGAGAGGAUGCACAUGUUGGAUAGGAAGUACGUGUGCGAUUAUUGCAACAAGUCUUAUAAGAGGUCGUACCAUUUGGCGGAGCACGUGAGAUCGCACACCGGUGAGAAGAUAUACGAUUGCACGUUCUGCGACAAGAAGUUUCACAGAAUUUCUUCGCAACGACGUCACAUUCGUUCGCACGAGACCGCACCGGGUCAGAAGACUAAGAGGACGCCGUUUCUGUGUACCAUCUGUGGCAAGAACUUCCCAUACAGCAACAGCAUGCAGAGACACAUGAGAAUACAUCUGGGUAUAAAGACGCACGAGUGCAACGUGUGUCAGAGGAAAUUCAAUCAAAGCACGCAUUUGCAUGUGCACAUGCGAACGCACACCGGGGAGAAGCCAUACAUUUGCGAUAUCUGCGGCGAGGCUUUCUCUUUGAACGCCACACUGCAGAAGCACCUGACCGUGCACAGAUGAGGGAAUUGAAGAAGAUGAAAAGCGCAUCUUAGUACAACGAAAUACCAAAGUAACUUAAGCCUAAGACCUAAGGUUCCGGGAUUUCCACUUCUCUUUCUAUAUAUUAGCAUUAUAAGCGGAAACAUUACGAGUAGACGUCUCGUCUCGUCUGUUUACGACAUCAUCGGACCAAGCGGAGAAUACGUGUAUCUGCCUCGUGAAAUAUUGGACGCAUAAAACGGGGAUUCCUCUUAAAUCAUCAUCAACGAUGAUCAUAACGUAACAAUAAUAAUGUGGGGAUUAGAUUUUAUUUCCAUCCGUUUCCUUUCCAGGAAAUGAGCUGGAGGUUUGAUUACUUAAUAAAUAA